AUGAAGUUCACCUACGCUCUCGCCCUCGCCCUCGCCGGCGCUGCUGUUGCCCUCCCGGCCGCACCUCCCAAGAGCGGCCAAAUCGUCUCUGACCUUGGCCCUGAGGUCCAGCAAACCGUCACCGUCAUUGGCACUGACGCCAAGGAGCUCCUCGUCCAGCUCUCCCCUGAGGUCACUGCCCUCGUUGCCGGUCUCGGCCUCGAAGGUGCCGCUGCCCCUCUUGGCUCCAUCGUCAAGACCGCCGCCAACGUUGGUGACCUUCUCAAGGACCUCAGCCCCAAGACCAAUGACCUCCUGGUCGCCACUGGUGAGGACGGAAGCGCUCUCCUCAUCCAGCUCUCUCCCUCUGUUGCCUCUGCUGUUGGCAGUCUCCUUCCUUCUCUGGCCGCCCCUGUUGCCCAGAUUGUCAGCUCCCUCGGUGACCACGUCAAGCGUUCUGAGGGUACCGGUCAGCUCUUGACCGACGUUGGCAAGAACGUCGACGGUGCUCUGACCAUCGCCGGCCCCGAGGCUACCACUCUCCUCCUCCAGCUCUCCCCUGAGCUCACUGCUCUUGUCAGCGGUCUCGGUCUCCCCCCCGUCGGUGCCCUCGUUGGUGGUGUUGUUGCCUCUGCCAGCUCUAUCGGUGGCCUCCUCACCGACCUUGGCCCCAAGGUUGACGGUCUCCUCGUUGUUGUCGAGCACGGUACCCAGUACCUGCUCGUCUCCCUGUCGCCUGCCGUCGCUGGCCUCCUCUCUGGCCUUGGCCUCCCUGCCCUCGGAAUCCCCGUCGGAACCAUCGUUGACUCCGUCGCUGCCAACCUCUAA